UCUCUCUCUCUCACAUACAACACGCUCCGAUUCACCCUAACCAACCAUUUCUCUCUCUCCGACGCUAUGAUUCAUCUCUGAAUAUCGAACACACCGAGAAUCCAAACCCGAAUCCGAAUCCCAACCGGGUCGGGUAAAGCGGUUAACCGAAGUAACAGAGUGAUGAUGUUCACGUUCCACCUUCCACCAAUUUCUUGAACGAAACUUCACUCCAUCCAAAAAUCAUCACCUUUUCACUCACACCAACAACAACACCAACAACAAAAUAUAAAUAAUCAACCAUGAUGGAAGUGCUUCAAUUCCCUUCACCUUCAAGCUGUUCAUCCUCUCCAUGUGCUCGCUUAAACCCCAAUGAUGCUCCACACCAAACUCCCCUUCUUAACAACAAUGAAACCGAAACUGUUAUUCACCAUUUCCAGAUUCACCAACACCAACAACAACAGCAACAGAUUCAAGAUAAGGACAGAGAAAGAGAUCAGCUUUCUAUUUUGACUCUUCUCAUUGCUACUUUUAGAAAAUCUUUGAUUGGUUGUAGCACCACUGGUUCUGAUAUUGCUUCUUCGAUGGAAAUUGGGUGGCCUUCUAAUGUUAGACAUGUUGCUCAUGUUACUUUUGAUCGCUUUCAUGGCUUUCUUGGGUUGCCGGUUGAGUUUGAACCCGAAGUUCCAAGAAGACCUCCAAGUGCUAGCACAAGUGUUUUUGGUGUCUCAACAGAAUCUAUGCAGCUUUCUUUCGAUGCCAGAGGAAAUAGUGUGCCUACAAUACUUCUGUUAAUGCAAAGACAUCUUUAUGCACAAGGAGGCCUUCAGGCUGAAGGAAUCUUCAGAAUUAAUGCUGAAAAUAGUCAAGAGGAGUUUGUGAGGGAACAAUUGAAUAGAGGAGUGGUACCGAAUGGCAUUGAUGUGCACUGCUUGGCAGGUCUUAUAAAGGCUUGGUUUAGAGAACUUCCAACCGGGAUAUUGGACCCUCUUUCACCAGAGCAGGUGAUGCAGUCCCAAACAGAAGAAGAAUGUGCUCAGCUUGUUAGGCUUCUUCCUCCAACAGAAGCUGCCCUCCUAGAUUGGGCAGUCAACCUAAUGGCAGAUGUUGCUCAACUGGAACAUUUGAACAAGAUGAACGCACGUAACGUUGCAAUGGUUUUUGCACCAAACAUGACUCACAUGGUAGAUCCUUUGACUGCUCUGAUGUACGCUGUACAAGUCAUGAAUUUCCUCAAGACUCUAGUAGUGAUGACACUAAAAGAAAGAGAGGAGUCAAUCACAAAAUUAAACCCCGUUUCAAACCUAAAUUCCUUUGAUGACGACGGGCAUCAGAAUGAUUCACAAGUGCUUUUCAUCGAUGACAGUGAGUACGGAAACAAUUUUAGCGACGAAGACUCAGUUUUUGUCACCGCCGAACCUUCGCAUCAAAGCCCUACACAUCUUUUCACAGAUGGCUGUGAAACUGAAAGCGAAUCCAAAAGUCUACCAACAUCUGCCGAAAGUUUUAUUUCAAACGGAAAUAGGUUGCUUGUUGACAGUUGUCCUUGCGGUGUUGUCUCUCAAAUUUGCUCUCUGGCAAUGGGGGAUCAAACAAAAAUUUGCAACAACAAAAGCCUUCAGUUGAAUACAUCUGAUACAGACAAGUGUUCAGCAGGAGCGGUUGAGAAGAACAGGGGAAUUGCACUUAUUGGACGUAUAAAUUCAAGAUCUGAGUUGACCGAUUCCUGGCGUUGAACGCAAAAAGUUGUUUUUUUUGUAUUGCCGUUGAUGGACGGGAUGGAUGGCAGAAGAAAAAAGGUACUCCAAUAAAAAAUUUCUGCAUUUAUGAGUUGCAUGAUUGCUGAUGUCGUCGUAGCGGAGUCAUUGCAUAAGGUCCUUGUGGAAAGGAAAUGAAAUGGACAGGAUGACAAGUUGUGUAAAGAGGUCUGUGAUUGUUACCACGUUUUCGAAAUGUCCAUUAGUGAUCUGUUGUGUGUAUUUUCUGUUAUGUUUUUCGAGCGAGAUUCUUCACCGUGUUCUUCAUUCUAUUUCAUUGACCAUGCAGACUUGUAACAUUUGUUUUCCGGGUUCCUGAAAUGUAUGUAGAGUUUGAUGAAUUUGGAGAAUUGCUACUUUCUCCAAAGUGCAUGGUGUAUUUAUUCUGAA